AUGACUGUAAGAUUGGUCUUGUAUUUUGUCAGUUUGUUGCAGAAUGUAUCAGAAAUCUUCAUUGUAAAAUGCAAAUACGUUGAACUCAACUCGGACUAUAUUUAUCCUUAUAGAAAUCAGGGUGGCUUUGACAUGAUUUGCAGUGGGAGGGACAAGAUUGAAACUCCAGAGCAGUUCAAACAAGCUGAAGAAACAACAAAGAAGCUAGACUUGGAUGGGCUUGUUGUUAUUGGUGGAGAUGACUCAAACACAAAUGCAUGCCUACUUGCUGAGAACUUCAGAAGCAAAAAUCUGAAGACUCGCGUGAUUGGAUGUCCUAAAACUAUUGAUGGUGAUUUAAAGUGCAAAGAAGUUCCUACCAGUUUUGGUUUUGAUACCGCAUGCAAGAUAUACUCUGAAAUGAUUGGAAAUGUUAUGGUAGAUGCCCGAUCAACAGGAAAAUAUUACCAUUUUGUGCGGCUUAUGGGGCGUGCAGCUUCACACAUUACACUGGAAUGUGCUUUACAAACCCACCCAAACAUUACUAUUAUUGGAGAAGAGGUUGCUGCCAAGAAGUUGACACUGAAAAAUGUCACAGACUAUAUUGUAGAUGUUAUUUGUAAAAGAGCUGCAGUUAAUUACAAUUAUGGGGUCAUUCUUAUCCCUGAAGGUUUAAUUGAUUUCAUUCCUGAGGUCCAGCAACUUAUUGCAGAACUAAAUGAAAUUCUGGCCCAUGAUAUUGUGGAUGAGGGUGGAUUAUGGAAGAAGAAACUCACUGAUCAGUCACUGAAGCUUUUUGAAUUCUUACCUCAAGCAAUUCAAGAGCAAUUGAUGCUUGAAAGGGAUCCACAUGGAAAUGUUCAGGUUGCCAAGAUAGAAACAGAGAAAAUGCUUAUUCAAAUGGCUGAAACUGAGUUGGAGAAGAGAAAGCAAGAGGGAAAAUAUAGAGGCGAAUUUAGAGGGCAAUCUCACUUUUUCGGGUAUUCUAUCAAAUUUCGGCAUCAUUAUUUUGAAUUAUAUAUAAAUUCUAAUUCGAAUAUAUGUAAGUUCAAGCCCGUGAUCAAGAAGGCAAUGGUAGAGCUUCAAGGGGCACCCUUCAAAAAGUUUGCCUCCUUGAGGGAUGAGUGGGCCCUAAAAAAUUGCUACGUCAGUCCAGGUCCAAUUCAAUUCUCUGGUCCGGGAUCUGAUGCAGUUAGUCACACCCUUCGUUUGGAGCUUGAAUCACAAGCUUGAGCUACUUUUCCGUAAGGACAUUGUUUUGAGAUUGGCGAUUCAUUUGGGAUUUUAGGGCCUUGAAGAAUAUUUAUUUGAUCUGUGACUUGCUAGGUUUUUGUAAUAACGUUUGGACUAUAUAACAGUUGAAUGUUAAAUUCUUAUGCUGCCAUUCAGC